AGCAUGCCCAGGAAGCGCAAAAAGCCGAAUAACUAGAGAAGCCACCGGAGAGAAGAUAUUUUUGCAGAGGGAAACAGUAUCCACAUCACGCAUACGCCACGAUGGCCACUGGCAUCGAGCUGCUGGUGGCCGCCGCCCUUUGUGCCGCCUGUCCAGCGCUCAACGAAUCCUUGCCGGCCAACCUCAUCCAGUUGGGCGAGGAUGGCAGUCUCCCCACCGAACUCCCCAUCGGUAAUGUGGCGGCCAACGAGGCAGGACUGGAUGCAGAUGCCCCCGCGGAGACACUGGAGUCGCUCAUCAGCAAGAAGCUCAAGCUGCGCGAGAUGCGCGAGUGGAUCGGGGGAAAGCACCUGCGGAUCGCCACCCUGGAGGACUAUCCGCUCAGCUACACGGAGCUCCUCGAGAACGGUACCCGCAUCGGACGAGGCGUCUCCUUUCAGAUCAUCAAUUUCCUCAAGAAGAAGUUCAACUUCACCUACGAAGUGGUGGUGCCGCAGGACAACAUCAUCGGAUCGCUAAAGGACUUCGAUCGCAGCCUCAUCCAGAUGGUCAACAGCAGUGUGGUGGACUUGGCCGCGGCCUUCAUACCCUCGCUGUCGGACCAGCGGACCUACGUCUACUACUCGACGACGACUCUGGACGAGGGCGAGUGGAUAAUGGUGAUGCAGCGACCGCGGGAGUCGGCCAGCGGAUCGGGUCUGCUGGCGCCCUUCGAGUUCUGGGUGUGGAUCCUGAUCCUCGUCUCGCUGCUGGCGGUCGGGCCGAUCAUCUACGUGCUGAUCAUCCUGCGGAAUCGUUUGACGGGCGACGGGCAGCAGACGCCCUACUCGCUGGGCCACUGCGCCUGGUUCGUCUACGGGGCGCUGAUGAAGCAAGGCAGCACCUUGUCGCCCAUCGCAGACUCGACCCGGCUGCUCUUUGCCACCUGGUGGAUUUUCAUCACGAUACUGACGUCCUUCUACACGGCCAACCUGACCGCCUUCCUCACCCUCUCCAAGUUCACGCUGCCCUACAACACGGUCAACGAUAUCCUCACCAAGAACAAGCACUUUGUGUCCAUUCGGGGCGGCGGGGUGGAGUACGCCAUUCGCACGACCAAUGAAUCCCUGUUCAUGCUGAACCGGAUGAUCCAGAACAACUACGCCGUGUUCUCGGAGGAGGCCAACGACACCUACAACCUGCAGAACUACGUGGAGCGGAAUGGCUACGUGUUCGUCAGGGAUCGGCCGGCCAUAAACAUAAUGCUGUACCAGGACUACCUGUACAGGAAGACCAUUAGCUACAGCGACGAGAAGGUUCACUGUCCGUUCGCCAUGGCAAAGGAGCCGUUCCUGAAGAAGAAGCGCACCUUCGCCUAUCCCAUUGGCUCCAAUCUCAGCCAGCUCUUCGAUCCGGAAUUGCUUAACCUGGUCGAGUCGGGCAUUGUGAAGCACCUGUCGUCGAGGGACAUUCCCAGUGCCGAGAUCUGUCCGCAGGACCUCGGCGGCACGGAGCGGCAGCUGAGGAACGGGGACCUGAUGAUGACCUACUACAUCAUGCUGGCCGGAUUCGCCACCGCCGUGGCCGUCUUCAGCACGGAGCUGGUGUUCCGCUACAUAAACAGUCGCCAGGAGGCGAACAAGUGGGCUCGCCACGGGAUCGGCAGGACUCCGAAUGGCCAGUCGGUGGCUCCCUCCCGCUGGUUGCGCGGUUGGCGGAGAGUGGACAGUGGUCACGGCCAGUUGCUGGGCGCCUCGACCCACGGACAGAAUGUCACUCCACCGCCGCCGUACCAGAGCAUCUUCAGCGGAGGAACCAACGGAGAUCCCCGCAGUCGAUGGCGACGACCUCUCGCCAACGGAAACGGAAAUGGAAAUGCCUCCGGAAGUGGCAAUGGCGUCCUGCUGGGCGGAGAUCCCGGUGGCGGUGUCCGGCGGUUAAUCAAUGGACGCGACUACAUGGUGUUCCGCCAACCAAAUGGACAGAGCCAACUCGUCCCGGUUCGAUCACCCUCGGCAGCUCUCUUUCAAUACAGCUACACUGAGUAGAUAUUAGAAUUUAAUAACUAGAUGAAUUUAGUGUUGGGAAGGUACCCUCUCACUUAGCCAUCUUUAAUCCCGAAAAAGUACUUAAAAUGAGAUUUUCUCACAGCUCAAACCUGUUUUUAAAUGGUAGCUAUUAAUUGGUUGAUCAUAUCUUAAUAUUUUUCCUAAAGUAGAAGGGUAUUCUUCCCAUCACUGUUAAUAUUUAACUUGCAAAUCACACCAGUAACCAAAGCACUUGAGACGUAGACAUCCCAAUCGGAAUUGUUUUGUAGAAUCCGUCUUUAAAUAAAACGCACCAA